AUGCCCUCAGACCCGCACGAAGAAGAAAGGAGCGAAGCAGGUUCUCUAGGCUUGCCAGACCUUGGGGAUGGCAUUGACGCCCUGACCUUCGAGCAGAUCCUGGAGAUGGACGAGGAUGAAGAGGAGCGCGAAUUUAGCAAAUCCAUCGUCUUCGGAUUCUUCGAGCAGGCGGAACAGACCUUUACCAAAAUGGACAACGCACUCAAGCAGCAGCAGCAGCAAACUAAUCAAAUUAUCUUCGUGUUUAAUAGGGAGCUGCGAGACCUAGAGGAACUAUCGUCGCUAGGUCAUUUUCUGAAGGGAUCUUCGGCUACUCUGGGUCUAACCAAGGUCAAAGAUAGCUGCGAGAAGAUCCAACACUACGGCCAGAUGAAGGACGAAGCCGGGAUAAAUGCCGAAUCCGACGAAGACCUAUGUCUAUCCCGGAUCCGAGAGACUCUGGUAACAGUGAAGGAGGAGUACGCCGAAGCAGAGAAGGUCCUGAGGAGAUUCUUUGCAGGCUGA